UUUUCCAGUUUUCGUUCUAAACACCGUGCCGUUUCAUGCUUGCCGUCAAACACCGUCUGGUUUUUCUUGUUCGACAAUUGUUAGUGUCUACGGAAGAGCCACAACAGCAAAACUUGAACCCGGAACAGAUCCGAACCGGGUCGGAAUUGCAGAAAGGAGAUCCCUUUGCCGUUCUCUGAACCAAAAACCUUGCUUAAACCCUAGAGAGAGAGAGAGAGAGAGAGAGAGAGAAAUGCUUCGUGCGGUUGGAUCUGUUCUGAAGAGGAACAAGGAAUCGAUUUAUGGAAUCGCUAGAGGAUCCACGUCUUCGUCUCAUCGCGCUUUCACAUCUUCAACUACUGUAAACUCCGCUUCGUCUUCUCCUCUAGCUGGAAACUCCUUCAAUGGCUUGCGAUCUCUGCUCAAAGGUCAAAAGGCUCCAACUUUCAGAAAGAUGUCAACUUUAGCGGCGAGUAGCUCAGAAGGUAAAGAGGGUUUGAAGCUGCUUGUCACCGGAGGACCCCAAGCUCGGAAAUGGGUUGGAACAUGGCUUUUCGGUUCAGCAGCUUGGGUGUUCAGCAUGGUGGUACUAGGCGGUGUAACCCGGUUAACUCGGUCCGGUUUAUCCAUGACUGAUUGGAAGUUCACCGGCGAGUUCCCUCCUCUGUCAGACGAAGCUUGGGCUAAGGAGUUUGAGAAAUAUAAACAGUCACCUGAAUAUAAACGUGUGAACAAAGGCAUGAAUCUUGAGGAUUUCAAGUUCAUUUAUUGGAUGGAGUAUGCUCAUCGUAUGUGGGGAAGAGGGUUGGGAAUCAUGUUUGCUUUGCCGUUUUCUUAUUUCUUGCGUAAAGGCUAUAUUACUCUACGUCUUGGAGUUCAGCUCUCUGGUUUGUUUGCACUUGGUGCUGGUCAAGGUUUCAUUGGUUGGUGGAUGGUUAAAAGUGGCUUAGAGGAGCCGCCGUCUGAGUAUUCUCAGCCGAGGGUAAGCCCAUACCGUCUUGCAGCUCACUUAACCUCAGCUUUCGCCAUAUAUUGUGGACUUUUCUGGACCGCUCUCUCUGUUGUUAUGCCUGAACCACCGGCUGAGUCACUGGCUUGGGUUCGGGGAGCAGCUAAAGUGAAGAGGCUUGCAUUACCAGUAAGCUUCAUUGUUGGUAUCACUGCCAUCUCUGGAGCCUUUGUUGCUGGAAAUGAUGCUGGUCGUGCAUUUAACACGUUCCCGAAAAUGGGUGAUACAUGGAUCCCAGAUGGUAUAUUUGAGAUGAAACCACUUAUACGCAACUUUUUUGAGAACACAGCAACUGUUCAGCUCGAUCAUCGCCUUCUGGCGACCACUACACUGCUCGCGAUUGGAACAAUGUGGUGGUUCACAAGGAAGCUAGACAUACAUCCAGCUGUUAAGGCUUUGAUUGGAAGCACUGUCGGAAUGACUGCUGUUCAGGUGACGUUAGGUGUAUCAACUCUUCUGAGUUAUGUUCCAGUUUCACUAGGAAGUGCACACCAAGCAGGAGCUUUAACACUUCUCACUUUGAUGUUGCUUCUCAAUCACACUCUUCGGAGGCCAUCGCCUUCUCUUCUCAAAUCUCUUCCACAAGUCGCUAAGUCAAAUUUCAGCUAAGCUCUAUUCACCAAAAUCAUUCCUUUUUUUCUUUCUCAUUUACUAAAAGAAGGAGAACGAUUCUUUUAUUUACGUGAUAAUUAUGCUAUCAAGUUUUCAUCGAAUCCUUGGUCAAUUAUGUUGUAUUAUCAAUCCUUGGUUUGGAAAAAAUAAAGUAGGGAAACAAAUAACAAAAGUUUCAUAUGAAUUCUGAGUGCUUUUAUUGUUUUUUUUUUAAAUUCAGUUUUGUU